UGGCUGAAGCUUCAAGAGUUCUGCAGACCACUCUCAUUCCCAGCUUCCAUCCACAACACAAAAGUCCCAUAUUUCAGUCACUCCCAUUGAAUUUCCGCAGAAACCCAAUUCAGUGCACAGUCUCCACAAGUAACAGCACCAAAGCCACAGUGCCCCAGAAAAUCCCAUGGGGCUGUGAAAGUGAUUCUUUGGAAAACGCUUCUGCCCUGCAGAAAUGGCUGACUGACUCGGGCCUUCCACCCCAGAAAAUGGCCCUGAAAAAAGUGGAAGUUGGGGAGAGAGGACUGGUUGCUUUGAAGAAUAUAAGGAAGGGGGAGAAGCUGCUCUUUGUGCCUCCCUCUCUGUUUAUCACUGCAGACUCAGAGUGGACUUGUGGGGAGGCUGGUAAGGUGUUGAAGCAAAAUGGUGUGCCUGACUGGCCAUUUCUUGCCACCUAUCUGAUUAGUGAAGCAAGCUCCCUUGAAUCUUCUAGAUGGAGCAACUAUAUUUCUGCCUUACCAAGACAGCCUUAUUCACUUCUGUAUUGGACUCGCGAAGAACUUGAUCGGUAUUUGGAAGCAUCACAAAUUAGACAACGGGCAAUUGAAAGAGUUACUAAUGUUGUUGGAACAUACAAUGAUUUAAGGCUUAGAAUAUUCUCCAAGUAUCCUGCUUUAUUUCCUGAAGAGGUAUUAAACUUAUAUAGGCCA